AUGUCUGCUGAUCUCAACAAGCCCGUCGAGACGGGUAUUUCCGUCCACGACCAGAACGCCACGGAUGCAAUUGCCUCACCCGAAGUCGAGCAUACCGCUGAGACUAUCAUCGACGUAUACGUGGAUGAGGAUCAUGUCAUCCUAUCCAAGGAUCAUUGGAACUCCUACAAGGAGGCGUAUGACGACCUUGAAACAGCCAACAACCAGUUCCUGGCUCUCCUGUCUGCCAAAACUGCAUUGCUUCGAAGCCUCAAGCACAAAGUUGCCUUUCUUGAGAAAGUCAACAAAGAGCUCACUGCCAAGUCUCUCAAGCUCCAGAACUCACUCGAUCAGAGCCAGUCAAAGAUUAGCGAGUUUUCUCUCAACGAGUCGCUACUCGAAUCAGUCAUUGACGAGCUUUGCAGUACUUUGAGAGCCUUGCAACAGCCUACUCGUGAUUCGGAGCAGACCAACGCCGACCAAGACGUGAUCAUGGACUCCGGCGAGGAGUCCAGCGAGGAGGAGUAG